AUGGGCCGCGUCAACAACUCGACUCGAUUCUCGUCCGAUGCUCCGGGCCUGCUACCGCAGACAUCAUCAUUCGCGAUCUUGAACCCCGCUUUCCUUCCCGUGGCGCUUCGGACUCUUCGUGCAACACUCUUCCCUAACAACGCGCUCGGGCCCCCACGUCAGAUUCCAACGUAUGAGGAAAUCAAGGAGAUCAAGCGCUGCUGUGCCGCCAGACUACUUGACUUGGUACCACCGAAAGUAGCAGCCGCUUUCUUUGCGAGCUACGAGCGCGAUGAGCAGGUUCGACAGAUCGCAAACACACUAGACUGUCUCGAUGACGCUUAUCUCAACAAGCACCUCGUCUUUCAGAUCGUUGAGCUGAUUGUUCUGCGUCUGUUUCCGGAGUUGGGAGAACAAGGCGUAAAGGAUCUGUUGGAGGAGCGCAUUAGCUGA